UGAUUUGGGAAUGUAACGCCAAGCACAUGAGAGGAAACUGAGGCAUAUUAGCCGUUGCCCCUACAAUGCAACGGUCACCUUUUUUCAAUUGACGAAUAUUCAAAAAUCAAACUCACAAAUCCUCUAACUCUAAUAUGCCAAAUCCUCAAACCCUUUAAUUCCCUCUUCUUUCUCUCUAUAGACCCCACUUCACUCUCCCCCACCUCCCACAAACUCAGAUUCUCUCUGAAGAGUGAAGGUUUGAUCACUACCUUCUUCACCCUCCUGCGUAAUGGCCGAGACGCAGUCUCUACCGGCGGUUGCAGAAAUGAAAAUCCCAGUGUUCACAGUGCUCAAGAAUGGGGCUAUUCUCAAGAACAUCUUUAUCGUCAACAAAUCACCUGAACCACAACCGCUAGCUUCUUCCGUUCAAGAUCACAACAACCAGGACCACAUCUUAAUCGUUGGGCGGCAUCCUGAUUGCAACAUCAUGCUCACUCAUCCCAGUAUCAGCAGAUUUCACCUCCAGAUUCGGUCCAACCCUUGUUCGCAGAAGCUCAUUGUGGUCGAUUUGUCUUCCGUGCAUGGGACGUGGGUAUCGGGGAGGAAGAUUGAACCUGGUAUGAGUGUGCAAUUGAAGGAGGGCGACACAAUGAGAAUUGGGGCUUCCAGUAGGCUUUAUCGGCUGCAUUGGAUUCCCAUAAGCCGUGCCUAUGAUUUGGAAAAUCCCUUCGUGUCGGAAUUGGACAUGGCUGUGGAAGCAGAAAAAGGACAGGAGGACGAUGCGUUGCCCGAAGAAGAAGAACAAGAGAUGACGCAGAAUGAAAGCUUUAGUCCGGUAGAUAACGAAGAAGUUCAAUCAAUGGAUUCAAUACUGGAGUCUAUCAAUUGUUUGUUCACUGGUGAGAAUUUAGAAUACAGUGCGAAGAAAACAAUUCCUUCAGAAGACUGCAUUUCUUUGCACCGUGAUGAAGAAGAGAAUUGCCCAAAUGAUGACCACCUAGAAGAUAAAACUACUAGUGGCCUCCUUGGAACUGAAACAUCAUAUUUGGCUACAAACUCUCUGAGUGAAAACGAAGUGUGUGACACAAAAUUCCAUGCUCUAUUGCCUCCUCGUGUAGAAUCAGUAUAUGAACGUAGUAAUCUGAAUAAUACUUCUGAGGGACCACAGAGAAUGCUUGAUUUUUCUGUAAACGUGGAAUCUUUAUUCCAUGUUGUAGGGGAAAAUCAGGCCUAUUCUGGAGCAGAGGUUCCCAAAGAGACCAACAUUUUAAGCACAUUGGGCGAUUAUUUGAGAGAGAGCUUAUGUUUGCCAGUUGUUGAAGCUGUCCAAGGGACCAAAAUGCUGCAAUAUCAAGAUGUUCGGCAAAAUGCUCCAUUCGGUACAUUUACUUCACAAUUACCGCCUAUUGAGCAGAAGGUUCCCUUCGACAAGCAUAGGUCCAAAAAGCUAACAAAUCUAGAUCCUGCGUCUUCUGAUAUAACAGGUGCAGCUGUAGCAGUUGAAAUGCCUAAAGAAACUGGGUCUGGAUGCACACUGAGAGAUAAUGAUGGAGGGACACACGUUCUAACAACAGGAGCAGAAAACCUCUUAACUGAGAAUACUUUCUUGCCGGUUGAAGAAGCUACUCAAGAAACCAAAUUUCAACUAAUUGAGGUUGCUUUGGACUCAGUAUCUGGUAGUGAGGAACAAAUUAAUUGUUUCCUAGAUCAUAAGUCAAACUUCAAGCCACACCAGAAUUGUAUCCCCCGUAAUGAGAAAGGGCAGUCAAUGGAUGGAAUCGUUCAAGAUGUUGGAGACGAGUGCAACAAUAACAUCCCUCUCAUUUCACUUCCAGCAGAAUCCUCAAUUGCAUCAUUGUCUGAGGACUCUGUCAUGGAGAUUUCAAACAAGAAAGAGAAUCAGACCCAGCGAUCUCUUGAUGUUAUGGCAGGAUGCUCUGAGAAGAAAAUUCUUGAAAAAGGUGUAGAAUCUAUCGAAAAAAAUUUCAUGUGUAGUAAUAUUUGGUCAAGAAGAGGUAAAGCAACGAGUGCCCCUCAGAUUCGAACCAGCAAGAGUCGAAUGAAGAACACAGCUAAUGUUGUUGACAAUGAAGUUGAAACGAGCUAUCAGAAGGGUAUUAAAGAGAAAGCGAAAGCCAAGGAUACUUUGUCUAUUUUAGAUGGGGAAGAAGAAGAAAUGUUUACUCCAGAUAAGGAAAAUUUCAGCCCAAAUACUCUUCAAUUGCGGUUUCAGAAGAAGGGUAAGCUGGAAGAAAUUAAACACUACAAGUCACGACAAAGGUCACACAUUUCUGAGAAUCACUUGAGCCCUAAGAUCUAUCUGGGAGAGAUCCCCAUUUCAGAAAAUGAAAACCAGACUCUAGAAGUUGUCCAAGAGCAGAAGUCAGAAAGAAAGCCAUUUGGCAGUUAUAUUAAGUUGGAGAAAAAUGCGAUGGAUAUGAGCAAUCAGAAGGAUAUCACAGAUAAAACAGUUCCAAAGAAUAUUUUAGCUGAAUUGGAUGAGGAGGAGGAAGAAUACCAUACUCUAGAUAAGGAAAAUUUUAGCCCAAAUACCCUUCAAUUGCUGUUACUGGGGAAGAAGGGUAAACUAGAUGAACUUACACAGUCCAAGUCACGAAAAUCGCACAGCUCAAAUGCUAAUUUUAGCUCCAACACCACUUUAGGAAAAGAGAACCAGACUUCAAAAGUUGCCAGAGAACAGAAGUCAAAAAGAAGACCCUUUGGUAAUUGUAUUGAGUUGGAGCAGGAGCAAGAUGCUAUGGCGCGCGAAAACAGCUUAGAAAGGUCACCCUUACAAUCACUACUAACGAGCUCUCGAGGCAAGAGCAGAGCAGAGACAUCUCACUCUGUUUUUGCUGCAGAAAACAUCAGUGCCAAUACUUUUGCCCAAAUUUUGGAUAAGAGCAAUAAUCCUUACCAUGUUAGUAAGAGGAGUUGGAACAUGGUUGUGGACACUGCAUCUCUUCUGAACAAGGAAUCUAGGAAAGCUCUGAUGCUUUUGGAAGGUCUCAAGGGCACUCGUUUAAUCAUUCCAAGGAUAGUUAUAAAAGAACUGGACAGCAUGAAGCGGCAGUUUAGUUUCUUUAGAAGACCAUCAGAGGCUUCUUUGGCAUUGGAAUGGAUUGAGGAAUGCAUGAUGAAGACAAAGUGGUGGAUUCAUGUCCAAAGCUCAAUAGAGGAGGGAAUGUUGAUUGCUCCCACACCACCUGCUACUCCACCGGCUCAAUUUGAUGAAGAGGGUUGGAAUCUUUACCUUUCAUCCCACAAGAGCUCAAUGGAAAUUGUUUCACCGACAGCGGAGGAUCAUAUCCUUGACUAUGUUCUUACAUAUAGAAGAAAGCAGAACGAUGGACAGUUUGUCCUUCUUAGUGACGAUGUCACCUUGAAAAUCAAAUCCAUGGCAGAGGGGUUGCCAUGUGAGACAGUUGAGGAAUUUCGUGAUAGUCUAGUGAAUCCAUUCUCUGAGAGGUUCCUGUGGGCCGAUAGCUCACCUCGAGGACAGACUUGGUCUUGCCAGGAUGAUGUCGUUUUAAGGGAGAAAUAUUGUCAUUCCCCUUCAAGGAAAUCAUCAAAGGGGGAGGGUGCUAAGGGUCUGAAGCUUAUUCUGCUUCACAAUUCUCGCUAUGGCCGACUCAAUUCUGCCCGCUAAACAGCUCGGUUUAGCCGUACAAUCCAUUUGUUGGCUCUUCUAUACAUUUUUCUUGUGAAAAAUUAUAGUUGUAUUGAAUCUAAAAUGCUGUGACUGGUUGCUGUUCAUGAAUAUAUAUUGGAUAAGCUUCUAGGAGAUGCAAGGCUGAGUUUUGGUCUGUUCAAUUCUGCUUGAUUGUACAAGAACCUUGUUUAACAGCCCUGGCAAUAUAAAAUCGUAAUUGGGAAUGUAAAGAUGUUCUUGGGAGAAUGGUAUUAAACUUGUAUUAUUACGUCAAUUAAGUUUUGCGCGACACAAAAGUUGAAUCAUAUGUAAGCACUGGUUGUGUCGGUUUAAUUCCA